AUGAACUCCUUACUUUCAGUCUCCUUUGUGGUUCGAUUUGAAGCUAGGAAGCAUUGGACCAUAAUAGCUAUGGUUACUCUACAUCAUCGUCCACACCGGCUACUCCUGGAUACAGAAUCAAGCACACGACCGGCAGCAAAUGAAAGCAGGGCGCGCAACACUUACAGCAGUGAUGCCAAUUUUGAUUCCAACAUGGUGAUCAUCCUGGCCGCUUUGCUUUGUGCAUUAAUUUGUGCACUUGGACUAAAUUCAAUAGUACGAUGCGCCUUACGAUGUAGCCGGAGGUUUGCUUUUGAGACUCCUGAUCAGACUGCCGCGCGUCUGGCAGCAACAGGCCUCAAAAAGAGCGCAUUGCGACAAAUCCCAGUGAUCAUAUACGGGGUGUCAGGGAUACAUACUAUUGCUACGGAUUGUGCAAUUUGCCUUGGUGAGUUCAUAGAUGGUGAGAAAGUACGAGUAAUGCCAAAGUGUAACCAUGGUUUUCAUGUUGGGUGCAUAGACACAUGGUUGGUGUCGCACUCCUCCUGUCCAACUUGCCGGCAGUCACUUCUAGAGCAACCACCAGAAAGUGCUGAUGCCGCAGAAUUUGAGGUUGGGAUUAGACAUCCGGGAAAUGCAUCUGCAGGAAAUGAUGUGCCCGUUGCAGGAGAUCACGAGGCAGGUUGAUCCUGCUUUGAAAGUGAUAUUCGACACCAAAGAACAAGGGAAAAAAGGUCGUCUUUGCUUCUCUAUUGUUUAGUUUUUAAGACGUUCAGUUUGUUUAUGUAAUUAUGCACAGUGAUCUAGAGAUCUUGGUUGAAACUUCAGUGGCUGGCAACACUUUGGUUUUACAGGCAUGCCACUUGCUAUGUGUUGAAACUUGAAAGGCCAUAUAAUAUUAUAGCAAAUGCACCAUAUUUUUUGCAA